AGGUGGGAGGCAAGAUAUUCUAUACUUGGAAGACCACUAGAACUCUACAAACACCCGCGCUUAUUAGAUUUCUUCUGUGGUAAGUUUCAUUUAAAUAUCUUUUUUUUAAUAUGGUGAUGAUGAUGAUAAUACCCCUCUGCACCUCCGCGAAUACUACACGUAUUAACACACCUCCUAACCGUCUUUCUCCCCCAUUUCAUUCCCCAUAAAUAAAAGAAAUCAUUUAGACCCCCCGGCCACAACUUUUCCCCUGGCCUGCAAGAAAAAGAUCAGAUUCCAGUCUCAACCAUGUCCAAAUCUUCAUGCCCAAACAUGUCGGGGUCCAAUUCCGGUUUUGAAUCAUCCGAGGAAGUUAUAAUCCGGAUCCCCGGCUCCAUGGUUCACUUGAUCGAUUCAGACCGGAGCGUCGAGCUUGCCUGCGGCGAGUUCACCAUCGUCCGCCUCAAACAGGACAACAACGUCGUCGCCGUUCUCGCCCGCGUCGGCCGCGACAUACAGUGGCCCCUGGCCAAAGACGAGGCCACCGUGAAGCUGGACGACUCUCACUACUUCUUCGCCCUCCGGACUCCGGCGGGCGCGGGACCCGCAUCCGAUGACGACGAGAGGGAGAUCCGGAUCGAUUCCUCGGAGAACAUGCUCAAUUACGGCCUGACCGUUGCCGCCAGGGGGCAGGAGGGGAAGCUGAGAGAUCUGGACCGGGUGUUGGAGAAGUACAGCGCCUUCAGGGCCGAGAAGUCGCCGGCGGUGGGCUGGGGAGAGGCGGCGAGGGAGGUCUCUCCGGCGGAGAUGGAGAGGAGGGAGAAGAAGGAGGAGGCGGAGAGGAGUGCGGCGGCGUACUGGACCACUCUGGCUCCCAACGUGGAGGACUACAGCGGAAGGGUCGCGAGAAUGAUCGCGGCCGGGUCGGGUCAUCUGGUGAGGGGAAUAUUGUGGUGCGGAGAUGUUGCGGUGGAUCGAUUGAAGUGGGGGCACGAGGUUCUCGCCAAGAGGAUGGCCGGGAAUGGCGGCGCUGCAACCCAGAUCAGUCCAACCGCCUUGAAAAGAAUGAAAAGGGUGAAGAAUGUGACAGAGAUGUCGGAGAAGGUGGCAACUGGUAUACUUGCCGGGGUGGUAAAGGUGUCCACCCUCUUCACCAGCUCCAUUGCAAGCUCUAAAGCUGGCCAAAAGUUCUUCAGCCUUCUUCCCGUGGAAAUCGUUCUUGCCUCAUUGGAUGGCUUUAACAAGGUGUGCGAUGCCAUAGAAGUGGCCGGAAAGAAUGUCAUGUCCACAACAUCCUCUGUCGCGACCGGUCUUGUUUCCCAGAGGCACGGGGAGAAAGCGGCGGAGGUGACAAGAGAAGGGUUUGACGCGGCAGGGCACGCGUUUGGGACCGCGUGUGCCGUGUUUAAGCUGAGGAAGGCUCUCAAUCCUAAAACCACCAUCAAAGCUUCUACCAUUGUCAAAGCCGCUGCGGCUGAGGCUCAACUCAAGGCGAAGAAGAAGAACGAGCCGCCCAAUUACAAUUAAUUAAUUCCUCUUUUUAUUAAACUUGUUAUUCUAAAUAGGAGUUUGUCAAUGUUGAUGAGAUGGGAUGGAUGCAACGAGUCAAUAACAUCUGCUCUCACCCAAAUAGAGCCGUCCAUGAUAGAUGACUCAUGUGUCGUGUUAUCGUCUAAAUGCAUCAAUAUAUCAAUAUCAACAUUAUAUUAUAUUUAGUCACAGAAUAUUUCAAAAAAGAGUUUAUGAGGUUGUCACUAGGUAUUAGAUUUUGAACAAGUUUUUUUAUUGUGAAUUGAGUGCAAAAUAGUUACUUCCAUUUCUUAAGUACUGCAGUUUUUUUUUUGAAGCAUUAAAUUGUUUAAAUUACU